GGACCUGACCAUGACCCCCUCCAGGCUGCUGCUGCUCGCUCUGCUGCUGCUCGCUGCCCACCCCGGGGCCACCUGGGCGCGUUGUCCAGGGGGGGGCUGCGUGGAGGAGGCAACUGGGGGGCAACCUGAGAGAGAGUGUGCAGAGGCUGGAGGCUGUCGCAGGCGGGAAGGGCAGCCGUGCGGCGUCUACACCCCCAACUGCGCUCCGGGUCUGCAGUGCCACCCGUCCGAGGAGGAGCAGGCGCCUCUGCGGGCGCUGCUGCAGGGCAGGGGCCGCUGCAUCAGGGCGCGCGCGCCCUCGGGGGAGAACCCUAAGGAGAGCAGACACCAAGCAGGCUCCACUCGCUCCCAUGACGAGAACCGCAGAGACCAACAAAGGAAUUCGGGAACCUCUACCACUCCUGCCCGGACCAGUUCUGGGGGUGUCCAAGACACAGAAAUGGGCCCAUGCCGCAGACACCUGGACUCUGUGCUGCAACAACUCCACACUGAGGUCUUCCGAGGGGCUCACACCCUCUACGUGCCCAACUGUGACCAUCGAGGUUUCUACCGGAAACGACAGUGUCGCUCCUCCCAGGGCCAGAGACGAGGCCCCUGCUGGUGUGUGGAUCGGAUGGGCCAUUCUCUGCCGGGCUCCUCUGAAGGCCCCGGGAACUCCCCCUGCCCCAACACUGGGAGCAGCGGCUAAGGCUGGUAGGGGGUGCUGCAGGGCCACUGGCAGGAGCCUGGGGCUGUUCACACAGAGAGAUGAGUAAAAUUGGGGCCCUGAACUCCACACUCACAUAUUCCCUUUCAGGCCCUUCCCUAUUGAUUCUUCUUCCCAGGAUCUCUCACAUGGAAAGGUGGUUGGUGUAGUUUGUGGUGUUAAUAAAGUUGUGUGGGAA